AUGAAAUAACAAAAGCAAUCCACAAAAGAAUUGAAUAUUUAGAGUAAAUCUUGCUCCCAAAAAUAUAAAUUCAAAUCUUUUUAUUAUCAUGAAAUGGUUAAAAUUGUUCGCCCUUUAGCUAUGAAUAAAAUUUUGUCAAUAACGCUUUUAGUAAUAUGCUAGCUGACAAUUCUCUCAUUCGUCUACAAAAAUGAGAACUAUUAUGUAGGUUUUACAGAAAAGAUGUAUAAAAAUUAAAACUAGAGACUGUAUUAAAUUUCUAACUUCAUACAAUACCUCUAAGUAUUACCGUUUGUCUAAGAUUACUUGAAACCAUAAAACACUUAUCUUACUUAUUUUGUCAUUUUAUCCUUUACUUUAAAUUGCUUUUAUAUAAGUAAAAUUUAAGAAAUACUUACAAAAGUAUGGCUAAAUUUACUCAACAAUCUUCAACAAAUGGCCAUAUUAUUCCUUUCUGAGCUUAUCCCUUAACUUGAUCUGCCAAGACAACUUAAAUAUCUCUUUUAGCGCUACAAUUGUUUCAUAUUUGAAUGUAAUUUUAACAAUAAUUAUAGAUUCUACGAAUUAUCUAGCUAAGCAGGAUAGCUUUUCAGGAUUGAUUUUACUGAUUUUAAGAACAAUUUUGAUUUGGGUAAAUUAACAUUAUAAUCACAAGAUAUUGGCUAUAUAUUCUUCGCUUUACUUCUUUUUAGAGACUAUUAAUUCGAUUUUUAACCACCAAUAUUUAUCAAAUGA